GUUUCUGAUACGUCCUUGGUAGGUCCUUCACGUGUUGUGUUGUGUUCUUCACUCCGAUAAUGUUCCGCAUGUUUGGGGUACGUCAGUGUUACAGGACGAUGUCUCAGCUCCGAUACCUGCUCCUGGCCGCUGUCACCCUCAGCCAUUUCACAGAUGGGAUUAAACUCUGGAACUCUAAGACCCCAAGACGCAACACAAUAUGGCGCGGGAACUGGAACAUGGAUACCUCCACAUACAGGGGUCAGGAGUCGGUGUCUGCUGAACCAAACCCCGACGGCAGUAACUACAAAGUCAGCGCCAUCUUUCUCUCCCAGGGAUCCUACGGCCGCAACGAUCUCUUCAGUGGAGCUGAGUUCUACUCUUCUCCUCUAGAGCCCAGGGAGUGCCUGACACUCUCCUACAAAGUGUGGUUCGAUGACAACUUCGACUUCGCCUACGGUGGAAAGUUGCCUGGUCUGUACGGUGGCGGGGUCAACUGUACGGCUGGAGGUGACCCAGGCAAGGACUGUUUCACAUCCCGCUUCAUCUGGAGAACAGGAGGCAUGGGUGGAGUGGCACUCUUCACCACAUCACAGCAGACACCCGAGUUCUGUACCACUGAAGGGGUGGAAUGUAAUGAUGCUUGGGGGCACCGACUGGGCAGCGGAAGUUUCCAGUUCCAGACCGGAACCUGGUACACAAUCCAGCAAACUGUCCGCCUUAACACACCUGGCCAGGCUGAUGGUUACGUUCGAAUCGUUGUUGGGGGCGUCGGUAAAGUGUACGACGUCAGUAACGUUGUAAUCAGAGAAUCCUCGGAUGUGAAAGUCAACGGCAUUCUGUUUUCCAAUUAUUUCGACGGGACAUCGUCAUGUUCCGGAAGUCCUGUCGAUACUCAUGUCUACUUCCGGUAUUUCGCCCUCAAGGACAACGUCUGCUAAAACCUGCCCAAUUGUGUUUUCUCUCAACCUCGAAGUUUCCACAUCCUCAUCAUCGUCAUUAAAAAUAUAAUAAAUGGGCAUCAUGUGAACAUAAUCAAAGUAUACCAGAUGUUAUUUGAAUUUAAA